ACUUUUCUAAACCUUAAAGGUUGCAAAAAUCUUAUGAAACUUCCAAGGACACUUGGUUUGCUAUUGUCACUUGAAGUGCUUAUUUUAUCUGGUUGCUCAAGACUUCAUGAUGUUCCUAGAGAGUUGCUGAAUAUGAAUCAUUAAGAGUGCUUAAUUUAGAUGAAACAGCCAUAUGUCAAUCAAAACAGUGGAUGUUUUGGCUAUCAUUGAAAAGAAGCAAAGAAUUGGGUUUGUUUUGGGCAUCUUUACCAUGCUUUUUGGUAAAGUUGAGUCUUGAAAGUUGCAGACUAUCUGCUUAUGUUAUACCUAAUGAUCUUAGCAGUAGCCUUGCAAAUCUUGAUGAAAUUUUAUUGACUUCUUGCUCAGAGCUCCAACUGAUUCCAAAGCUUCCAAUAUUCAGUCCACUCAUUGAGAUUUACGUGGCAUUGUCUCCAUUAGCGCUCGGGCUGUCAAGUCUACCAUGCUUAAUGUCUUUUAAAAGAUGUAUUAUUUUUGGAUGUGAAAAGCUGACUGAGGUUGAAGGUGUGUUCAAGUUGGAACCAACUGAAAACUUUCAAGUGGAACAGAUUAAAAACACAUUCAACAAUGAUUCUAUUGACAGUAAUAAAGUACAACUUUUUAACUACCUGACAGACACAAAAAUAGUUGCUACCUUACAGGUACUACAUGAAUGUGGCAUAACUAGCACAUUUAUUCCAGGAAGUGAGGUUCCAAUCGGGUUUGAGCAUCACUCUAAAGGGCCUCAGAUCGCUUUUUCUUUACCAACAACAUCUCAUCCAUGUGAAAAGAUUAGCUGCUUCAACUUAUGCAUCGUUUUUUCUCUCGUUAGUGAUCAGAUUUUUGAAUCUCUACCUUGUGUGUAUAUUAUUAACAAGACCAAGGGGGUCAUGAGGGCUUAUUACUCAAAUUUCUUUGGUAUUCCUGAAACCAAUAAUAACACAUUAUUGUGGUUAAUCCAUUGGCCAGCAAUGGGUUUCAGUUGGAAGGUGGCAAUUCUCUGAGAUGUUCAGUAUCAAAUUUUCAUCUCAAUGUAAGAGAAAUAGGCCUUAAAUGUGGAUCAGAAAACAAAAUUAGAUAUGAAUCAAAUUUUCGACACUACU